GCGUCAAAACAUAAUAAAGCCACAGAACGAAAAAAAUUUUCGAGCUGCGUUGUAAACAAACUGGAAAGUGUUGGAGGAAGUUGGGGAAAGAGAAUCGCUAAAGCAUCAUCUUGAUCAAACCUUUGCAUGAACAUGACAAUCGCCAAGACAGCAAAUGCCCAAAAUCUCGUGAAGGCGUUCAUAGGAUGGAUCGGUCUUGGGUACUUCUUUUUCACAAGCCAUGUAGAUUGGGGAGAAGCAAUAGGCCUAACAUUAUUUUUUGCCUCAGGCCAGCUUCAAACUGCCGUUAAGCCACCUAUCAAUGGAAUAACAUUCGACUUAUUUGCACCUGAAGACCUACUUGAAGCCUGGCGCAUAACCAUUGGAGUGGCAACAUUUGCAUAUUACUUCUACUUUGUGCUGUACCUUGGCAGAAGUGUGUCAGUUUAUGUGUCAACUGUUUGCCUCAGCUUAUUAUGGGAAAGUCAAAUAAUUGAUGAUGUCAUAAAUCUUAUAAUUUCCAGGGUAUCAUAUGAUAUGGUGAAUUCUACAAUGUUUGUGACCAAAAGAUUAAUGUCACUAAAGCAAACUGCCAUCAAAGCUUUUGCCCGAAAUAUUGUGCAAGAUUUUCUCUGUGUGCUGUGCAAGUUAUAUAAACACUUGUAUAUGAAUUGCAUCAAUAUAAAUUAUUUCUUGUUGUCCCAAGUCACCUACAUAACUGGGGCAGCAUUGUCUAUUGUAAAAAGAAAAUCUGCAUCUGUCGAUGACCAAAGUCAUUACAUAUCAAAAAGAAAUCAUAUGUCAAAGAGAGUUUUACAGGAUUCUAAGCAGGCGGUAUAUGGGUGCAAAGUUCAAUAUAGCCCAACAGUUCAGCAAUCCAUGCCCUUUCAAUCUGGUAACAAUACCCAAGAGUACAGUGCUAAGAUGAAGCAUCGAGGAGGUACUAGUCCUGUUUUCUGACUAGUACUACUUCUAAAAAAGCUAUGGAAGCAUCACCCUUCAAAUCAUCCUCCAUGCAGAAAGCCUUUUUUCUCCAGGAGAAAACUUUGGGGAAAACCAAGAAAACAAAGAAAUGUAAAUCCCAAGAAAGUGAUAUGCCAGCCUAGCAACAGUUUGCUAGGCAACAUGAAGUUAAGUAAGAGCAUGAAAGGCACACAAAGUUCUGAUACGAUGUUGUUUCAAAACAGAAUGGAAGAAGAUACUGACAUGUUGCAAAGUUCUGAAAGAUACAAAUGGUUUCUCUUUCCAAAGAAGCCUGGUUGGGUCUGGGGAUACAGUGGUAAGGCCCAAGCAUCAUAUGACCACUGCUCAUUUAUCAAAUGGUUUUCCAUUACACCUGUUUUGUGGCCUUGAUUACAUGAAUCACAUGGUAUCCUGUUCAUUAUCCAAGUUCUUUACUGCAUUUAUUCAUUGGACUGUAUUUUCUAAGAACUGUGUUAAUGAUCAUUUUCUUUUCUUAACAUUACUUAAAACUAAGUUAUUUAUAGUUAAGUGUAACAUAACUUGAGUGCACAUUCAGGAUUUGCUGUAAAGAAACCAGGAAAAUGAAAUAGCAAAACGGUGCAGAAUGUUUAACCUUCCACGUGUAUAGCCUUGUUUAGCUAUCAUAGUGAAAUGGCUGUGCAUUUUAACAUACUGUUGAAAAAAUUUUUGCAGGAUUAAUAACAAAA